AGUAAUCAAGGAUCUUUGGUUCUUAUUUUGGCUUCCACGAAUGAGGCCUUAUCUUCCCUGUUGUGAGGAGUUAUAGAGAAUGCAAAUACAGUGUCCCUGCAGAAGGCAGUGUGCAAUGGGGCCGGUUCAGCAUCCUGCCUGCUUGAAGCUGAUAACAUGCAAAUGCUCUCUGGUCUGUAGAUUCUAUUAUGGUCAGUAAAAAUUAUGGUCAGUAAAAAGAACAUUGUUGUAUUACUUGGCCCUCGGCUAAUACAGCUAGUGCUAGUACAACCAGAAACUAUUUUUGCAGUUAAUACCCUAAGACCCAAAUCCCCUCAAAUAUAGGGAAAUGUGGAAUAAAUUGUGUAUGCCUUCUUUGUGUGUUGGAAUAAAAUUCUAUGAGGACAAAGCCCUUCCCUGACUUGAGAAAGUCUAGCUCAGAGAUAGUGUAGCCUCACAUGAACAGUGUAGCCGCACAUACACAGAUGGCCGCAGAGCCAACAGUUUGUGGGUGUGUGUGUGUUCUCCACCAUGAUGUGCUAUUGGAGUGUUAUUUUCACAAGAAGGAUGUGUACCGCCUCCUUGUGAAUGGAAGCUCAUUGAUAAUUCAGUGUGGUUUAUUAUCUGUUAAGAGGUGGCGAGUGACAUGCUUUGUUUGAUUCACUCGUCUAAGAGCACUUCAACUCUUCUCCCUUCUUGUCUCAAUUUUUCACUCUGUUUUUCCUUCAUCAGAAUAUAUUUCUAUUUCUUUUUAUGCUCCUUUAGUUCUACACUCCCACACCAAUUGUCUUUCUGUGUAUCUCUUUCCUUUUCUAACCUCUCCCUCUCUCUCUCUCUCACCCUUUUGUUGUGGGUAAAGCCCACACAGCUAGCAGCCAUUGCUGGUUGUGCUGCCAUGGCAACCAGGAAAUACUCACAGACCGUCUAUGAGACUGGACACAUGAGUGUGUGAGGGGAAACCUGGAGACAACACACACUCCCAUACUCACAGACACACACACAUACAAACAUACACCUUCAAACAUAGCUAAGUGGACAACACUUUUUUCAGAAUAUAUAUACAUUUUGUUCCUGCUUUUUUAAAGGACCUUUGAUAUGGACUAAGCCAGCUGCCUGCCUGUGCAGAAACCUACCAGAGUUUGAGGAGGGGGCUCAAACCCUGAGCUUUCCGUGAUUGGAUCCCAAAAAUGACCUCCAGCACCUCCAUGGCUGUCCUACCCCCGGUCAAGAGUGUGGUGGUCUACCGCAAUGGUGACCCCUUCUUCAUGGGGAGGAGGUUCGUGGUGAACCAGAGGCAGGUGUCCUGCAUGGAAGCCUUCCUGAAUGACGUGACGCUGAACAUCCAGGCACCGCUGGCUGUAAGGACCCUCUAUACCCCCCGGAAUGGACACCGCGUGCGGGAGCUGGAGGAGAUGAAGACCGGUGCCCACUACGUCGCUGCUGGGUUUGAGAGGUUCAAGAGACUGGAUUAUUUCAACACAGGUGUGAAGAAACCACUAGCCAAUAAAGUAGAGGCAAAGCCACUUGUAAGACCAAACGUGUCAGCUAAAUGGAGGAAGAUCAUACCCAUCCCAUGUAUCAUACAUGUGUUCAGGAAUGGCGAUGUGGUGGGCACUCCGCUGCGGUUCAUCCUCCCCAAGAACAUGAUGCAGGAUCUGGAGCAGGUCCUUUGUCUCAUCACAGAGAAGGCAGCUCUACGCACCGGAGCCGUACGCAGGCUUUACACUCUGGAAGGGGCGACCGUGACUACAGCACAGGAGCUGGUGAAUGGCCAGUGCUAUGUUGCCGUGGGAACAGAGAAGUUCAAGAAGCUUCCUUAUUUGGAGCUGUCAGUGCCAAAAGCUACAGGAGGGAGUGCAGACAGGUAUUAUCCAUUGAACCGGAGGCAGCAGAGAAAACACGAGAACCGGCGGGCAGGUCCUCAUGAUACACACAGUGAUUCAGCUUUGUUAGACUCACCAGAGAUGGACGGGAGACGGGUGAAGUCCACUGGGGACGAGGCAGAGGAUAGGAGUCCUGGGACGGUCCAGAGGCUGAGAAGCGUCCGAGAGGAGAAGUCUGUGUUCUACGCCAAACCUGUCAGAGUGCGCAAGAACCCAAACACACAAAGACUUAAAGACAGGGCAGCACCAGCGGCUCAGCCCAGCGUGUUUCAGGCCCAGACGGGCCAGAGGAGGGAGGAGGUGCUGGGAGCUCAGGAGGUGCCUGAGGAGGACAACAUCAUGGUGGACCUCCCUAUUGACCAGAGAGUCGCUGAGACAGUUGAAGAGGAAGAACACCAUAAGAAGGAUAGCCUUGAAACAGACCACAAAGAUAAGACAAAAAUAACUCUGCAGGGGAAAGGGAGCUCAACUUCAGAUUCAGAUUUGGAUCAUCAGAGACACAGCAGCAGCAGCUUCACUGCUGAACCAAUACAAAGACAGACAAAGACACCAGAGAAUGAGGAUCCAUCUGAGAACAACAAUCUUCAAACUGACCUUGAGGUGAACCAGCCAGUCGAGGAAGAGUCCAGUAUGAUCUCUGUCUCUAGACCCUCCUCCAGCCACAGAGAGACUUGCGCACAAAACUCUGGGUGUGCUAGUCAUAAAGCAGAGGCCCCUGUUGACCCCGACUGCAGGACUUUGUCUCCGGAGCCUCAGGAGGACACAGGAGGACCUGAUCGGUCAACCCACUCUGCGCAGAAGGAAACGCUUCGAGGUUCCAAGGCUGAUCUCAACACUACUGCUGUGCCUUUGGACAAGAGCUUGGCUGAGACAGACUCACAGGAGAGGCCAGUAUCUUCAGAGAGAAGAAGAGAGUGAACCCUGGAACUCAGUUCAGUACCAGGCCUGGACACAGCUCUUACCAUUCUGCGGUGGUCGGUUAUCAAUGGGAAGCCAUGUUUCACAAAUUACCUGCUGUAUGAUUAAGGCUGGAAUAUAUAAGUACUUCUACACACUCUCAUCACACUACGUAUGACUUAAUAAACACAAUAAAUGAUCACUAAAAUACAGUUUAUAGCAAUGAUGCCCCAGGAUGGUGGAGCUUCCCCUGAAUAUACAGUACAGUGUGAUAUUGAUGCACCUGUACCAAAUAUUUCAGAUUUUGAUGAAGGAACAUACUGAAUGGCUUUACUUUUGACCUAAAACAACAAAAAUAAUUUCAUUCACGUUUGAACCAUUAUGUAUUACAUUACGUCAUCCAUUUGUGUCCCCUGUACAGUCGACCACUUACAGUUUAACUAAUAUUUUAGUAUCAUUUAGAGUAAAUGUUGGAAAUGUUUUGUAUAAAAG